AGGGGGCAGUGAUUCACGAGUGUCCAAAUCAGAAUUCACAUCGUAUUUUCGAAGCGAAAUGCAAAUGCUUUGGCCGCGGAAGGAGGGAGCUCUUUGUUCUGUAGACCACAUGCGCAGGCUCGGCGCAGCGUGACCACAACGUGGACCCAGCCUCUUGCCUUCGCCAAAUUAGUGCUGACGAGUACAUCUGAUGGGCACAGUUGAGCCAAUUGCUUCUUUGACGCCUAGGCUAGUCGAUGUGCAGGGAAAUGGCGAGACGCAAUAUUCACCGCCGCGCACAGGCUGUCAGGCCUCUCAUGGGCCAUGGGCCAUGUUGAGUGAGUUUUCAAAGCUGCCGCAUCGCGCUGAACAAUCUGCCAGCGUCGCUUGCCCAGCAGCACUCUUCUGGGACACGAUGUAGGCCGCCAGACGCAUGUCUCCUGUGUCACGUUUUCUCAGUAGUGCUGGCUUCUGGCUUGCGCUCCCAUCAAGUCAGACCUCAGGUUCAGCGCUCGGCGGCUUGGCUACCCGUGCAGCCAUCUGCGUCCCCUAAGGCUUUUCGUUCGAGAUCCUCAUGGCGAGGUUCAGGCAAGUCUCUUGGUGGUGUUUCCUCUUGGCUCGCGCGAAGGAUCCUUGGGAUGGAUGAUCGACCAUCUUUCCUGUUUGCGCUAUGAGAAAGCGGCACCGGUAUCGUGGCGCUGAAGC